GUCCGAGUACUUGCGAGACCUGGCCGACGUUGUGGGCUGCGCGGGGAUGGACAAGCACCAGGGCCUGCUGGCCACCCGGCUGGCACAUGGAGCGAUUGCGGGUUCGGCGAGCACCUGCGAGCUGGAAAUCUACGAGAGGAAGCAGACCACAAGCUUGGUGGGAUCGGCGAUUCGCGACUGGUCCAGCAAGAAUGCAGUGGCGAUCGCGACGCUGUGCGCGCCAAUGGUAUUCGUGGCUGGCCUGGCGCGCGGAUGGCGUUGCAAAGGUGCGUGGGCCAACGCGAAGAAGAGCAAACAUAUGAACGAGAUGGCAAAGGUUAAAGACAAAGGUUACCAGUUGCAGACCGCCGACGAGAUCAAGAGGGAGAAGGACGCAG